AGUUGGCUUGCGGGAAUCAACUGGCCAUCUCGCCUCUCCGGACUUCAUCCAGUCUCACCGAAGAUGCGCAGGCGCCAAUGAGCUCCGCGCCUGAGCGGAGUGAACGGGCGUGGCUUAUGGGAGGACCACGCCCUUCUCUGUGACUCCACCUUUGGCCUCCCCUCGUUUUCCAACGAUGGUGUCCUCAGGGGAUCAAAACUUCAGCGUCACAGCUGGGGACUGGCUUCGUGGUCCCUGAUGGGAGAGCAUGAACGGGUGGUAUGCUGUAGUAGUGACUCUCUUUUGGCUGGCCUAUCCCGGGACUCUGACGACUGUGUUUCUCAUCUCUGCACACCUCCGUUACUCGCCAUCACAUCUUGGGCUGCUAAGGAGAGGAGCCAGUACUCACCACCUCCUGGAGAGCCUGGGCCCUCCUCAGACAAGGCUUUGGACUGUAUGACCCACUGGUCCAGGGUUUUGGAGCCUGAGAUCGUGAACACUGCUUCUGAACAAGCAGGGAAGUCUGGGGCCUGGGAGAAGGAGUGGGACUCAGAACCACAGCCUCAUGAGGGUACACCCUGUUCCAGCUCAGACGUGAACAAGGACCAUUAUCAUGACCAGGACCUUGUGAAGAGGAACCACUGUGUAGCCAAGAAGUCCCUGGAGCCCAGCUCAGCCAAAGUAAAAGUUAAGAACACCAUGAUAAUUCCUGACUCUCAGAAGCUCUUGCGAUGCGAACUGGAGUCUCUCAGGAGCCAGCUGCAGGCUCAGAGCAAGGCUUUCGAGUUCCUGAAUCACUCUGUGACCAUGCUGGAGAAGGAGAGCUGCCUACAGCAGAUCAAGAUUCAGCAGCUUGAAGAAGUGCUGAGCCCCACGAGCCGCCAAGGAGAGAAGUAUGGCCGUAAGUGGAGCACAGAGCAGGAGCUGUAUGGGGCCCUGGCUCAAGGCCUGCAGGGGUUGCAGAAGACACUGAAGGAAGGCGAGGAGCUGCAACGGGCCCGUACCACUCGCUGCCUGCAGCUGUUGGCCCGGGAGAUCCGGGACAGCAAGAAGUUCCUGUGGGAGGAACUGGAGCUGGUGCGGGAAGAGGUGACUUUCAUCUAUCAGAAACUCCAGGACCAGGAGGAUGAGAUCUCAGAGAAUCUCCUGAAUAUCCAGAAGAUGCAGAAAACUCAGGUGAAGUGCCGCAAGGUUCUUACCAAGAUGAAGCAGCAGGCAUACGAUUCAUGGCCAGAAGCCGAGGGGGUGCCCACAGAAGGCAACGGUUGCUGUAAGGAUGACCUCCAGAAGGAGCUGGGUGACAUAUGGUCUGCCGUUCACAGUCUGCAGAGCUCCAUUGACUGUCUUGCUUUGUCAAUGGGCACCAGACCCAGGGCCUCCAGCCUCAGAGGCCAGAAAGGACACCAGUGCAAGAGCUCUCAGUGCCCCUCCUGGGACUCCGAUUCAGACUGGGAGAGACCUUUCAGCAAGAGUGGAUCCUACCCUCCCGCUUGAGCAGCUGGGACUGCUUGCCCUGAAGAUCCCUCCAGAGAGAAAAUAAACUAGCUGAGACCUUUCUCCACCCUG